CUAAAGCUUAGCAACUCGUCGGACAUUCUGCGGCAGAGAGAGAUCUAACGAUCAGAUAAGAUGCCUUUCUCUGAGCUUUAUUUUAACGUCGAUAACGGCUAUCUUGAGGGCCUUGUCAGGGGAUUUAAAGCCGGAAUACUGUCUCAAGCUGAUUAUUUAAACCUUGUACAAUGCGAGACCCUGGAAGACCUCAAACUUCACCUGCAGAGCACAGACUAUGGCAGCUUUCUGGCUAACGAGGCUUCACCUCUCACCGUGUCCGUCAUUGACGACAAGCUGAAGGAGAAGAUGGUUGUUGAGUUUCGUCACAUGAGGAACCAGUCAUAUGAGCCACUGGCCAGCUUCAUGGAUUUCAUUACGUACAGUUACAUGAUUGAUAAUGUCAUCCUGCUCAUCACGGGAACCCUUCACCAGCGGGCCAUUUCUGAGCUGGUGCCCAAGUGUCACCCACUGGGCAGCUUCGAGCAGAUGGAGGCGGUCAAUAUCGCUCAGACUCCAGCUGAGCUGUAUAAUGCCAUCCUGGUGGACACGCCCCUUGCUGCAUUUUUCCAGGAUUGUAUAUCUGAGCAGGACUUGGAUGAAAUGAAUAUUGAAAUCAUCCGUAAUACACUCUACAAGGCUUAUCUUGAAGCAUUCUAUAAGUUCUGUUCCAACCUUGGAGGAACUACAGCUGAUACCAUGUGUCCCAUCUUGGAGUUUGAGGCUGAUCGAAGAGCCUUCAUCAUCACCAUCAAUUCAUUUGGCACGGAGCUUUCCAAGGAGGACCGUGCUAAGCUCUUUCCACAUUGCGGCAAGCUUUACCCCGAAGGUCUCGCUCAGCUGGCCCGGGCUGACGACUAUGAGCAGGUCAAAGCUGUGGCUGAUUACUAUCCCGAGUACAAGCUGCUGUUUGAGGGUGCUGGCAGCAACCCAGGCGAUAAAACUCUGGAGGAUCGCUUCUUUGAGCACGAGGUGAAACUGAACAAACUGGCUUUCCUGAAUCAGUUCCAUUUCAGUGUUUUCUACGCUUACGUCAAGCUGAAGGAGCAGGAGUGCAGGAACAUUGUCUGGAUUGCCGAAUGCAUUGCCCAGCGGCACCGUGCCAAGAUUGACAACUACAUUCCAAUCUUUUAGGUUCCCUUCUUUGCUUUCAUCCGACCCAUUUCAUUCAGUGUUUUGGCUCAGUCGAUUCACUCCCGCCUCGGUGUGAAAGCAUCUGAUGCCACCAUGCCAAGCGGCCUUCAUUCUUUCGUUGUUGGCAGAAGUUGGUCCUCCAUAAACCAUGUUAUGGCCCUUUAUACAAGUCUUCAUUCGUUGGUCAUUGGUGAAGCACUGGUUCUAAACUUUUGGAUGCAUUGUACUGUAUAUUCUUCGUAACCCUGUGCUCUGCGUAUUCUUUCUGAUGCCAGGUUGUGGAAAGCAUCUUUUUGAACAGUUUGGAUAGCUGAGUAAAAGAAGCAUGACUGGAACUGCAACAAAGUUCCUAAUAAGAGACUAGUAAUGUAAGCAAUGCAGGUGACGGUCAUAAAAUGUGAAUAUCAUGAAAACGUUGAUUCAGUCCAGUAAUGCCAUUCACAAAGUGAAUCUUUUAUAUUAUAUUCAUUCAUAACAGCCAGGCUGAUAUAUUUCAAAUGUUAUUUAUUUUUAUUUUAAUUUAGAACUGACAACUAAUGACAUUCUCAAAUUCAGUAUCUCAGAAAAUUUGAAAUAUAACGGUCUGUGUACAAUGAGUAAUAUACACGUUUCACUUUUUGAGGGAAAUUCCUUAAACGGGUCAACUUUUUCAUGAUAUUUUCAUUUGGUGACCAACAACCUGCACAGACACGGCCAAUAAUCAAAUUAGAUUGUCAGAAUUUGAAAAGGUUGUCUUUUGAGCGUUCGUCAACCCCAUUUUAAAACUAUAGUUUGUGAUGCUUUCAGAUGGUCUUUCUGUUGCCCCCGAAGUGAAAUGAACAGGACUCAGACUUGAUAAUGUGCGUAGUCAUGAUGUCCUUAAUAAGGCAAAGCUCAUCGCUCCUCUUCUGAGAGCAUUUUCAUCCCCAGGCUCAGCCACUAAGGUACCUUGUAGCAUAGACGACGGAGAUUAAUCACCUCUGCAAACAGUAAAAUGGAACCCACAAAUACCCUGACCAUCUGUCUGAAGAAAACAUUCCGCUACCCGAGUUGUCGAUAUUUAUGUUAAGGGCAACCUGUAUAGCAGUGUUUUGUUGUGCUCCAUCCCCAACCCUCCAACCUGCCUCCCCCCACCCCCACCAAAAAAAAUCUAUAGAGUAAAAUGUUAAGUCGCUACCUUCUUGUUGGCUAAUUGAGUGUUGUUCAAUAUAAGAUGUGGAAUAGAACAUAAGUUUUCAUUCUGCAUCCAACCUUUUGUGUGAUGUUUGAACUCCAGAUUGACAUUGCAGUAAGUGUAUGAAAGAUAUAAACAUAAGAUAUU